AUGGAGGAGCACACUGACCUCGAGAAGCAACAGUCAUCGCCGAAGAGCGGCGGUGACCUUCCAGAUGGUCUGAUUCUGGUCAGCAGCGGCAGCGAGAAUGAGGUAUUAGACGAAGAUCAUGAGGAGGGCGAGAUACAGGACGAGGAUGAAGAAGAGAUAGCGUUUGCACCAAAACACAAGCUUGUGCUCGAGGACAUCAGCUCAGAGGAAGAGUCGAAUAUCCGCGAGCGAAUGGCCGCGUUGGAAGCGAUGGACAAAAAGUUUGGGUUGAUGCAAAAAGCCGCUUGUCGGCACAAGUACGACUAUCUAGAUGUAGAGGAUGUGAUGAAUGGCAAGGAGAAUUUUUAUUGUUACUAUCCCCAUAAGCAACCGUAUCGAAGUCACAAAUCGCAUCAAACUACGGCGGUAAUAACGAACGAAGUGGACCAACGGCACGUUGCUAGACACGGACGAUCCAUUAGCAAACGGCACGUCGAAAAAGUGAAGGAAAAGCAAUCGAAGCGAUCCGCGCAUAAACGACGCAAACGGCGGAAAUAUGUCAGCCGAUCGCCCGAGGAACCGCGUCGUACGAUUUCAUCCGAUUCCGAACCAGAAGCGGUUGUCGAUCGGGAGAUUUUAAAGAUCGCUUGCGGAAUUGAAAGCGGGAAGAGUCAACGGCGGUCGCAGAGUGGAAAAAAUCCACUAAAGAAAAAACUUUUCAUUCAACAAUCGCCUAUACGGGUGAAAGAAUCAUCAGUUCUUUCGCAAGGCCAGACUAGUCCCACCAAAGCCACCGAUGUGCCGAGUAUAGUUGUCGAAUUGUCUUCAAGUGAGCACGGAGAAGAAGAGGAAGAUGAAGAAUUGCAAUUGCGUUUGUUAGCAUUGAGCACAAAACCAAUCGUACGCGAAACGGGACUCAAUGAGAUCAUUUCGGACUUCCAGAUACCGUCGCCGCCGCCUCCACCGUCUAUGGAUAUAGACGAUGGGAAUACGUCGGACGGAAUGUCGGCGGAGGAAAAUCAGCUUCGUAUAUUUGCACUUAAGACAGCUAUGCUAAAAAAGCACGCCACGCGACAGAAGCGCAAGGAAUUAGAACAACCAUACUCACCAAGUGACGAUAUUGCACUGUCACCGGUCCGAGAAGUGGUUCCUGUGUUUGAAAAUGACGUAUAUAGCAAUGGUCGUUGCUCGGACGACAUUGAUUCCGAUGUAGAGAUUAUCGAACCUCAGUGCGACCAUAUCGAGCUGGAGGAUACUGAUGACGGUGGACACGAUAUGGAGAUCAGCCCUGUAGAAAGUCCAUUGGGAGCGCCAGAAGUCAUACAAGGUACAACGGAAGAUUCGCAGCAACCCAUCGAUAUGGAGCUGGUCAGCAGCGAAGAUAGCAGUCAACCGUCUCCGGCAGGAGCGCGGAGUGAGCUGGAAACGAGCAUGCUACUCGGCGAUCCUGAUUCCUGUGAUUCGUCUUUGUUCCAGCGACGAGACAAAAUGGUCACUGAAAGCCCUCCUGACUCCAUGGAGGAAGCGGAGGCUGAUGCUUUACGGCAUCUCUUGCUGACCAAAAUGCGGCAAAAACAAAAUAAGAAAAACUUAUCUAGCAGUUUAGAUAAAGCACCGAUAGAAGAUGUUCAAACCGCCGCAUUGGAAGAACCCAUUUCUGCGCAUGUCGAUCCUGUAGAAGAGCAACAAAUGCAAUUGAACAAGUUACCAUCUUUAGAAGGGGAACCGGUCAAGACUCUCAACUCCGCUCAAGCGGUGAAUCCCAAUUUAAUAACUCUGGUGGACCGUAAGGUGCAAAGAAAGCGACGAAAAAAGUCACUUUCGAACAGCAGCGCCUUGACAACGGAUGUCACUGUUAAGAAACCAAAAAUCAUCAAUAGUCAGGUACUCGAACAACAAUCGGACCCAUCUAAAGUGUCAGCUUCCGUGGUUCGAACACAAAAGCUUGUCAAUAACCCGAACAAAUUGAUUAAUCUUAACCACAACUUCGCGUCGUCUUCUCCCACAUUGUUGCCGGUACGGACGGAAUCACCAAAAGAACUGAUACCGGUGGAUACGUUCGUUUCGCGGCCUGUACCAAAGCUUGUGAUUCAGCUAGGCGAAUCCGAUUCGGAUUCGGAUGUCGAUUUCGAUGCGCUAUCGCCCAGCAAAGCCGACCAAGCCAAUGAGUCGACCACUACGCCUCCGUCCAAUGUGCAGUUUGAGGAGCAGCUGGAGAGAUUUUUAAAAAGUGUACGCAGUAAAAGCACAACUUCUUCCACAAAUCUAGCCAGUGCUGAAAAGAAUUCACAUCCAGAACAUGGCACCGAUAGCAUAAGGGUUCCCGUUUCCCAAAAGCCGUUGGCAGUGAAGAGCCUGGCUAAGAAAAUUCAGUCCACAGCGAUCACUAUGAAUGUGGAAACUUCGACGGCUGUGAAACAUCUACCAAAAUCGGCCCAGAUGGAGUACUCGCGGUUGGUCGCCCGAAUGGCACAGCUGGAACAGCACAAGCUAUCACGACAAAGUCAGCGCGUUGCGAUGUACCUACCGCCUGUACCUACAGCCGAUGCCGGCAUUCAAAAGGUUGCAGUUCCUAUGGGUGGUGAUGUGCCACCUAACGUAAGCCCUACGGUCAACGAUGAAGCGAGUUCAGUACCGCGAAGCGAUUCAAAAUCUGGCAAGAGCCCUGGCCGUCGAAAGCAAUUUCCCAGCAGUGUUACGGCAACAGGGGAAACUGGCCUCAGCCAGGACCCGGUGGAGAGAAAACUGCACCAAUUACGAAGUAGUAUACCGAACUUAUCUGAGGCAUCUCGCAAUCGAUUGCUGGCUACUAUCGAAAAGCACUUUGAAAAACACAGCGGUGUAUUCUUGAAUGAACUCGAGAAACAAAAUGCUACCAUCCGGGAGGCACAGCAAGAACGACGGGAUCUGUAUCAGAUCGACAAUCGAAUCGAUCUGUUGCGAGAAAAGCUGAACAUCCUCGAACGAGUCCGCGAGCGUCAGCGCCAUCGUUCUGUCGAAACAUUCACGAGCUUGGAGAGGAUGCGUAGAAAAAUUUUGACCAGCCGAAAGCGCUCAAGCGAUCUCAAACGAAUGUGUUGCCAAAUCGGAUAUGCCAUCGUGGGGAACUCGUAUCAAUUGCCAUCGUCAUCGCAGGGAGAUAUAGUGCAGCAGCAGUUGCGUGUUUUGAUAGCAGAAACGCAGAAACUGAAAAACAUCCGAAAACCUACGCUUGAGGAAUUCAAAAACGAAAUGGUAGCGAACCAGAAACGAAAGCUGCAAACCUGCGAAGAAACCUGGAGGGAAAACGAUGAGCAGAGAGCUCUAGAUGACCAGUCGGAAGAUGUUUCAUGUAUUGAGAGCGAGCCAGUUAACAAGAUGGAUGAGGAGCAAUCUCCGGGCGAAUGUUUCGACUCUCAACCCAAACCGGUUUCCGCAGAUAGUGCGAUAAUAGACAAUCCUGAGGAAGACCAGCCAUCGUUAGAUACGUUAGAGAGCGAUAUGCCAACUGCGGAAACUGGUAAAGUUGUGUCGAAACAGGCGAUUAACGUGAUGGAUACGGAAUCGAUUGAGAUUCUUAAGGCAGAGGAUCAUGAACCGAUCGAAGAGAAGGUGCAGAUAGCUUCGCUGGUGCAGCAGAAUGUGAUACUGCUGCAGGAACAGACCAUCCCUUCAGCUCCCACAAACCCUACAGCAGAUCUUGGUGACAUCAUGCUCGUGAAAAGCGAUGCUGUAUCGGAAGCUGGUGAAGUUUUUCGCUUUGGAAAGUACUCGUCACCACUGGUGGCACUGAAGCAAGGUGCACAAAACAUUCCUACCGGUAUCAUCUGCCCGUACGAGCUAGGAGGCCAGUGCGUCGAUCGGGACUGCAAGUUCGAACACUUCGGCACCAGCCAUCGGACACCAUAAAUCCUGUCUUUCCCGCGUUGUCACUUGUCGGUCUGUAUGCGGAUUCGUUAAAUGUGUGCCAUGUUUUAGCUUUUCUUCCUUCGUCCAUGCUAACUAUGGUCAAUUUAACGGAUCACCGUUGCCCCGGACUGAUUCGUAGGACCACGCAAUCUUUUUACCUUUUUUAAGAGUGCGCAAGUUUUAUCUUCGUUAUCGGCGUUUAGUGUGACGUCGGCAGGAUCAAGUUGGAUCACGGAUUCGAGGACUGGACCACGUGUGUUGGGCAGCUCGUUCUUUGGGUAAGUUAACACCAGUUGUGCCAUUCGAUAUUCCGUACUGUUUUUGUUGUCGCCAUCGUCAAAUCGCUGUGUGGUUUACACCGUGCCGAAGCUGAGCUCCUGUGCAAGUGCAAGUCAGAAGAUCAAUAAGCGUUCAAAAGUGCGUGGAACAAAAAACAUAAGACAAGGAUCCAACCGCCGUACGAAAAGUAAUACGCGAUAAGUACGAUCGCGAAUAGACGACCCUGCAUUAUAUGGUUCUGGACCGGACCGUGAAUCGUUAUCGAAACCCAUACGCGUGCCGUAGUAAGCUUAGAAGUUUAGUUUAGUGAUGCUAGUAAGCUGAAUCUGACACCAAAACGAAAAAGUUCAUCAAGUGAGUUCAUCAAAUGAGUUCGCUCUCGAGAAGCAAGCCAAAAAUCGAUCCGGAAUCAACCGCCAGAACUGUGAUCGGUUCCAUCUUUGUAACCGGCUUCCAACGAAGUUGAUUGCUCUCCCAUGCACCUGGAGAAAUUUGGUGGAACAAUCUUCGUAGAAACAGAAAGAGUACAAAAUGCCACUAACCUAUCGAAUGCCUUUCUUGCAUUUCAUCGGAUGAAUCAUGUUCUUAACUUGUAAUUUAGACCAUCUUUCGAACGAUCGUCACAAACUUAUCGAUCAUAUCGUUAUCAAACAAACUUAUCGAUCAUACCUCUGCUUUGAAGGAGCCCUAGCAGAAGCGCGUAUCGUGCUAUCGAAUUAUUUAUUGCACACGAGCCGAAGUAGUCGUUUUAAAAAUCGAAUUGUUGAAUGCCAUUCAUGUUUUGUAAUAUAUAUUGAACGGCCGACCACACUGGUUCCGUACUCACCCUGCAACUGAAUGCGUGUGCAUAGUCGUGUGUACAUGUGCGAGUGCAUUUUCCACCAAAUGCUCGGAAAAUCACGAAUCACAGCGUGUGUGGGAGAGAUUUUUAUUUAUAAUUUUGAUUUCCUACUCUUUUUUCCGCCUAUUGUGCUCAUUGCGUUUUGACCACGAUGUGUUCAUGGGCUGGGAUUCCAUCACUACUUCUCCAAGCCUUCUAGGAUCACAAAAAUCCACUUUCUGUACUGUUUGGUUUAGUUUAUUCCCUACACUAUUGCGUUUAUUUAUCAGUACGGAUCGUCUUCACACCACAGAGCUUAUAGUGUGUGUACAUAGUCAAGCGGCGCUAGUGCAGACGAUUUUGCUUGUUUUCUUAUUUAAAUUAUGUUUUAAAAUGUUUAUUUUUUCGAAAAUUACUCCAUUACGGUAGUAUCCUUUUUGAUUUAUGGUUUCCUUUCCUAUCCGAUGUUUUGUUGGGAUAGUAAAAGUGAUAAUAGUAAAAAAGCGAACAAAAGUUAUGCGAAU